UGUGCACUUAAAAUUGUCAAACUCAGCCAUGAAAUAAAUUGAUUGGAAUUAACUGUUUCAUCAACACAUCAUACUUCCAUCAAUUUGUGACUAACUUGAGACUGGUCAAAGUCAAGGCUAUUUGAUUAUUAUCUAGAUUACUUCUAACAAAAUGUCUGUACAGAUACUAGAUCACCAGCUUGAAGAUUAUUUUAAUACAGCUGUUGAAUUAGCUAAAAAAGCGGGACAGACUAUUAAAGAAGCUUUCUAUAAAGAGAAGAAUGUAGAUACAAAACAAAGUGCAGCUGACCUGGUAACUGAAACAGAUCAAGCUGUUGAGAAAAUGGUUCAAGAAAUAAUUAGCCAAAAAUAUCCUACACACAAAUUUAUUGGAGAAGAAACGGUGGCAGUUGAUGGAUCUUCCUGUACUCUAACUGAUGAUCCAACUUGGAUAAUUGAUCCAAUUGAUGGUACAACAAAUUUUGUACAUAGUAUACCUGAGGUCUCAUUUUCUUGUGGUAUAACAGUAAAUAAAGAGGUAGUUAUAGGUGUUGUAUAUGUGCCUAUAUUAGAUCAGAUGUAUACAGCUAAAAAAGGACAAGGAUCAUUCCUCAAUGGACAUAAACUUUCUGUUAGCUCAGUUACCGAAUUAAAACAAGCUGCAUUGAUAAUGGAGGGAGGAAGUUCCAGAGACCCAGAUAUAUUAAAGGCCAAACUUGAUAAUUUAAGAAAUGUUUUAACAGCUUCUCAUGGUAUAAGAGCAUAUGGAUCAGCAGCUAUAAAUCUAUGUAAGAUAGCUAGUGGUAUAUGUGAAGGAUAUGUAGAAUAUGGUAUACAUUGUUGGGAUAUUGCAGCUGGUUUAUUAAUAUUACAUGAAGCUGGUGGUGUAGUUAAAGAUACAACUGGUGAAGAAGUGGAUAUCAUGAGAAGACGUAUAACUGGUGCAUGUUCAGUAAAUAUUGUAAAUCAACUUGUACCAUUAUUAACACAGUUAGAUAUGGGUAGAGACUGAAUCUUUUACACUCAAUUCAUGGCUAAAGCAACAUUCAGAUAUCACACGACUUUCUGCCAUUUAUCUAUGACAACUGCCUUUUAUAAAGAUGCAUUAUGUAAGAGCUAAAUCUGGCUAUUGCAGGUCUUUUUUCUGGCUUCAAAUAUUAUAUAAAUUUUUAUUUAGAGAUUUAUUUACAUGACAAACCCAAGAUAUGGAUUGGACCAUUCGUGCCAUUUAAUCGGUUUAAAACGUUAAAAAUGAAAAAUCAAGAUUUUGUUUAUUAUCGUAGCAAUCAAUCAAUGACAAUCAAGUGAAUCAAGACGACGCUAUUCCUGCUAAAACUUCAAACAUUCAUACAUCACUCAGAAUAAAGUAAUUUGACAAAAAUUUACAAUAUAUUCAUUUUUCAUUAUCUAUUUUUUAACUAUUAUAGCGAGAAUCUUACAUAAUGCAUCUUUAACCAAUCUGAUCAUUACCUAGGACAAUGCCAUAUGGCAAUUUAAUGGGUAUAUUAAAUUUUACAGUAUCCAGUCAAUUCAUAGAUUGACACAACAAAUAAAAUUUUGAUUAUAAAGUAAAAUGUUAGAUCAUCAAUAAAAUUUUAUUAAGAGCACCUCCCCCAGACACAUCGUCGUUAAAGUGUCAAAAGGGUGUAUCUUGGGAAAUUAGUCAAAUACACUUUUUUACAUCUUUAAAAUCUCCUAAUUAAUAUGCACAUUUCUGUCUAAGCUGUUGUGUAUCUUUAUGCCAAUUAGAACUAUUCUGGGUAUCAUGUGUCCAAAUGUUGUAUCUUGAUUUGUGGAAAUUUUGAAAUGCAAAAAGUUCUAUUUCUUAAUCUUUAGAAAUGCAAAAAGUUCUAUUUCUUAAUCUUUAGAAAUGCAAAAAGUUCUAUUUCUUAAUCUUUAGAAAUGCAAAAAGUUCUAUUUCUUAAUCUUUAGAAAUGCAAAAAGUUCUAUUUCUUAAUCUUUUGAAAUUCUUAGAUACACCCUAUUGACACUUCACCCACGACAUACUAUUACCGGUAAUAUAUAGAAAUAAAACAGCAGUUUUAUAAAUCACUGUUAAUAUGUAAAUUGUCUUCAUGUUGUUCUAUUACAUCUAGUCAGUUUUAAUUUCACAAGAUUAUGUAUGUCUCUUAUGAUUUUUUAAUUGUAUAUUUAUAUAGAAAUAUGAAAUCCAA